CAGCACAAUUGUGCUCUUGUGUCGUGGAGAGAGGGUGAUUGCUGCUUAUGGGAUAUUGACACUGGGACAGAAAAGGAAAAAUAUGAAAAAUACCUUUGCUCUGUUUAUUUCAACGCUGCUGAUUUGAAGACAGCCUUGCGAAGCUCAUUGCGUUGUGUGAUCGUCCGGUAACAGCGGAUUUUUUGGAUGCGAGGCAUGACCUGGCGGCAAAAGAAGCACGGCGGAUGAAUACAGUAGCAUGCGCUUUAAAUUUAUGGAUACGUCAGGAUGAAACGACUCAGGGCUUCAAGCAGCAGUGACAGUUCAGACAAUGAGAGUCCUUCAACGUCCUUCUCAUCUAACAAGUAUGGGAGCAAACCAGGCACCCCCGCCUCUGCUCAGAAGAAACCGGCAGAGCAGGUGUUCAGAAAAGACCUGAUCAGUGCCAUGAAGCUGCCAGACUCUCAUCAUGUGUCUUCAGAGGAUUAUUACCUGCUGGCUGACACCUGGAAGCAGGAAUGGGAAAAAGGCGUGCAGGUGACCGCCAGUCCGGAUACCAUCCCUCAAUCGUCUGUGAGAGUAUUAACAGAGAAGCCAAAGGAAAUCCUCUUCACCAAACCAAGGAAGUAUAUUCAGUGCUGGAGUCAGGACUCUACAGAGACGGGCUACGUCAACAUCAAGGAGCUGGCAGAGGCUAUGUGCAAAUACGAUCUUGAUGAUAUGGAUCUAUACUGGCUCCAGCAGCUCAAUGCAGAACUUGGGCAGAUGGGUGAUGGGCCGGUGGAUGAGUUGACAGUGGAGCGGGUGAUGGAGGCCCUGGAGAGGCAGUGCCAUGAUAACAUGAACCACGCCAUUGAGACAGAGGAGGGCUUGGGAAUAGAGUAUGAUGAGGAUGUUAUAUGUGAUGUGUGUCGCUCGCCUGACAGCGAGGAAGGCAAUGACAUGGUCUUCUGUGACAAAUGCAACAUUUGUGUACACCAGGCUUGCUAUGGCAUUGUAAAAGUGCCAGUUGGAAACUGGCUGUGCAGGACAUGUGUGCUUGGCAUCACUCCUCAGUGCCUUCUGUGUCCCAAAAGAGGGGGUGCCAUGAAGGCCACCAGGGCGGGCACCAAAUGGGCUCAUGUGAGCUGUGCACUCUGGAUACCUGAAGUGAGCAUCGCAUGUCCUGAAAGGAUGGAACCCAUCACCAAAGUGUCACACAUUCCACCCAGUCGCUGGUCGCUCAUCUGUAGUGUCUGUAAAAUCAAGACAGGAGCCUGCAUUCAGUGCUCGGUUAAAAACUGCACCAUCCCUUUCCACGUCACUUGCGCUUUCGAGCACAAUCUGGAGAUGAAGACCAUCCUGGACGAAGGUGACGAAGUCAAGUUUAAAUCCUACUGCCUGAAGCACAGCAAACCCAAAGCCGGAGAACCGGGCUUGAGUCCGGCCCGACACAAACCCCCAACCGAGACCGAGAAACUGGGCCUGAGGGCUCAGAAGCUCCAAGAGCUUGAGGAGGUGUUUUACACGCUUGCGCAUCCUGAAGAAGUGGCCGAGGACCUGGGGCUCCCUCUUCACCUGCUGGACUUCAUCUUUCAAUACUGGAAGCUGAAGAGGAAAAUCAACUUCAAUAAGGCUUUGCUGCCACCUAAAGACGAUAAUGAAAAUCUUCUGCUGCAGCCGCAGGAGGACAGCAUCCACACACGCAUGCGCAUGUUCAUGCAUCUGCGCCAGGACCUGGAGCGGGUGAGGAACUUGUGCUACAUGGUGAGUCGAAGAGAAAAACUGAAGUUGUCUCAAAGUAAAGCUCAGGAGCAGAUCUUCAAUCUUCACGUUAAGCUCAUCAACCAAGAGUUGUCUGCAGGGCUUCCAGUAUCUAGUUCUUUAGAGAACCACUUAAUCCACCCUCCUCCCAGGAUAACCUUAAAACUCAAAAUGCCCAAAGUGUCGCUUGGCAAUGGCAAAACCAGCACCAAAUCUGGAAACGGACCUUUGUGCCCAGAUAACAGUGGUAAUGUGUAUGACCUCAGUGAGGGAGGCAUCGGUCAGGGAAAGCCUCAGCUCCAUCAAGGUCGGCCCCGGACGGAGGAGCGGGUUAACGGUCUCAUCCCUAAUUCAAUCUACAUUCGAAGAGACGGCGGCACUCCCCCCUUGGCCGUGAAGCAGACGGGCAAACCCCUGGCACUGCAUGCGGCCCUCCACGGUCAGUCAUCCAACGGGAAAGGUAAACCCGAACAGGAGAAAUCCCGUCAACCGAAAUCAAAUGGCAUUACUGAGAAGCCUGUACGUCAAAGAGACAAUUCCUGCCAGGUGUCCACCGAACAGGAAACGGGUACUGAGAUUCCAGAGAAAGCUCAAGCAGGUGGCUUCCACAAAACGUCCCUGGAGCACUUCAGUAGAUCCUUAAAAGAGGCCACUGUCAGUUUAGUAAGGACUGAGGACCUCCGGGCUUUCGAAAAGAACGCACGCAAGUCCUCCGGCUUCACCAAACCUGUUUUGGGUGAGCGGCCAGUAGGAGGCAGCAGAACGUACCUGGAGAGCGACGGUUACUGCCCAGAUGCAGAGCUCAGUGACUCUGAGCCUGAGGCUAAGAGACGGUCCCGGCAGGGAGGUCGAGUGCAAAACCAGAAGAGUCCUGCUGGGGAUUACAUCAAAUCCUCCGGACGAACAAAACUGUCGUUUGGCUCUAGGACAUCAGUGCAAAGGUGACAAUCUUCAAAAGCAAAAGCUCAAACCCACUGCCACAUUACCGUAAAUACUUCGGUAAUCAGAACUGUCAGACUCUUUCUCUGGAAAUAGUUCUCCUCUGUUGAGGAUCAGGCGGUAGUCGCUGAAAAAAGGUGUUACAAAACCAGACCUCAGCCUUCCUGUGUGAGCCGUGUAGAUUCACUUCUCACUGAAAAGAAGUGCCAAACAAUUAUCUCUGGUGGAUUGGCGCAGACUCAUCUGUUUUCACGAUGAGUCUGUCUUUUCAUAAUGGUUAUGACUGCUUUCAAACUUUAGUGUAUCGGUAAAGAACACCAUAUAAACUUGGUCUUGUACUGUAGGUUUUAUGAGUGUUGAAGCAGUGUUUCUGUACAUAAUGACUUAAAAAAAAUAAUGAACCUCAGUUUUUAGACUGUACAUAGUAGUUUGUGUUAAAAUGUGGAAUCUGUUGAGAUGAUUUCCACGCGAUGAAACCUUCUUUCUUACCGAUAUGGUUAUGCAAAUAAAUAAAGACAUGAGAACUCUGGGACAAAUGUUUGUUCUGAGUAUCUGA